UACUUCUGUUAAUUCAAUCAAAUAACGCCGUUUUUUGUUGGUCUGUUACAGAACAUAAAUAUUUGAUAACAAUGGCUGGAAGAGAAGGAGGAAAAUUGAAACCACUUAAGUCUCAAAAAAAGAAGACCCAGGAUCUUGACGAUGAGGAUAAGGCAUUCAAAGAAAAAAAGAAAGCUGAAGCUCUUGCAAAGAAACAGUUAGCUGAAACAGCUAAGAAGGGCAAACCCUUAAUUGGAGGAGGCAUCAAGAAGUCUGUUCCUGACUCUCAAUUACCAAGAAAAUACGGUGGUAGAUACACUGUGACUUUAAUUCCUGGUGAUGAUAUUGGUAAAAGUAUCACUGAUUCCGUUGUUAAAAUUUUCAAAUCAGAAAAUGUUCCAAUCGAUUGGGAAACCCCAGUAUUAGAUCCUUCCGUAUCAACUAAACAAAACUUGUCCAAAAUCGUCGAAUCAAUCAAAAGAAAUAAAGUGGCAUUAAAGGGUAUUUGGAAAGGUGAUUCUCAUGCCUCAACCGUUGAAUCAAUCGUUCACUCUUCUCAUGCUGCCUUUGUUUCCUUAAGAAAAGCCCUUGAUAUCUAUGCUUCUGUCACUUACAUCAAAUCCCUCCCUGGUGUUGAUACAAGAUUGAACGACAUAGAUUUAGUCAUCAUCAGAGAAAACACUGAAGCUGAAUAUUCUGGUUUGGAACAUCAAUCUGUUCCUGGUGUCGUUGAAAGUCUAAAAAUCGUCACUGCAAACAAAUCUGAAAGAAUCGGUAACUUUGCUCUAGAAUUCGCUUUAAAAAAUAACAGAAAGAAAAUUACAAUCAUUCACAAGGCUAAUAUAAUGAAAUUGGCUGAUGGUUUAUUCAGAAAAACCGUUAGGGAAACAAUUGAAUCCCAAUCAAAGACUGAAGAUAUCCAAGUCUUUGAUAUGAUUGUUGAUAACACUUCUAUGCAAUUAGUCUCCCGUCCCCAUCAAUUCGAUGUCCUAGUCACUCCAAACCUCUAUGGUUCAAUCUUAUCCUCAAUUGGUACUGGUUUGGUUGGUGGCCCAGGUUUGGUUCCUGGUGCCAACUUUGGCAGAGAAUUUGCCAUCUUUGAACCUGGUUGUAGACAUGCUGGUUUAGAUAUCACUGAUGCGAACAAGGCCAACCCAGUCUGCUCAAUUUUAAGUGCUUGUCUCCUCUUAAGACAUUUGGAUCUCAAGAACUUUGCUGUUAGAAUCGAAACUGCUGUUAACCAUGUUAUAAUGGAAGGAAAAUUCAAGACCCAAGAUAUCGGUGGCACUGCAACAACUGAUGAAUUCACAGACGCAAUUAUCAGUAGAUUGAACUCUUAUGAAUCCUUUUUACCUCUCAAUUAAUUCUGUCAAUUUAAUUGUUUAGAUUUUAUCUCGAUUACGUAUUCUAAUAUAUAUUAGCUAAUCACUUAUACAUCCUUACAUCCUAUCUCUUUUUUUGUCUUCUCUUUUUUUU